UACUGGCUCAUCUUAGGGCUCCGUGCUAAGACUCCUAUCGGCUUUAUAGCCACGACUUUGCUUCGCUGUCUAGUUCUUCUGCUUUAAAAAACCCUAGCGGCCAGAGAUCACCGAGCUUAUUCCUCCGGUUAGGGUUUUCUUAUUCCAGUAAACAACAAGCAACAAUGGCGGAUGUGGAGACAGAGGUGGCUGCAGGACAGCCGAAGAAGAGAACGUUCAAGAAGUUUAGCUUCAGAGGUGUGGAUUUGGAUGCUCUCCUUGAUAUGUCCACUGAUGAGCUUGUCAAGCUCUUCCAUGCCCGUGCUCGGAGAAGAUUCCAGAGGGGUCUGAAGAGGAAGCCCAUGGCUCUGAUCAAGAAGCUGCGCAAGGCGAAAAGGGAGGCCCCACCUGGUGAGAAGCCAGAACCUGUUCGAACCCACCUACGUAAUAUGAUUAUUGUACCUGAGAUGAUUGGAAGCAUCAUUGGUGUGUACAAUGGGAAGACCUUCAAUCAAGUUGAAAUCAAACCUGAAAUGAUCGGUCAUUAUUUGGCUGAGUUCUCAAUCUCAUACAAGCCUGUUAAGCAUGGUAGACCUGGUAUUGGUGCCACCCACUCAUCUAGGUUCAUUCCUCUCAAGUGAAAUGUUUGGUUGCAGUUGGAUGCUCUAGUUCCUUCCUAUUUUGUGAAGACGCCUUUGUUGAUCAAAUUUUUGUCUAUUUAAAUUUGGCAAUUUUAAGUCUUUAAACUCUUAUUAUAGAGAUUUGGUCCCUACUUCUGGAUUGAAGAGCUGUGUCUUGGUUUUUUUUAUAUGUUUAUGGUAGUCUAAAUACUUUACUGGAUUUCUUAAUUUUACACUCGUAAUUUUGGCUAAAAUUCUUUUGGAUGAUAAAUAUGUCCUUUUUCGUUA